CUCAUGACGCAUAAACUUUUAAUCAUGGAUUGACAAGAGUUAUGGGAUUAAUCUCCACCACCUCACUUGUUGAGGCUCACUAGGCCCUCUAUUGUUGACAUUUCUUCGAAAUAUUGAAUUCAUUCAAGCUCGCUAGCUGAAGACAAGUCUUGAGCGUGUGUUUUUGGUCUGGGGCGACUGUCAAUCAUCGGCCCCUUUAAGAGCGUCUGUCGCUGUCAUUGACGAAAUUUCCUGCUGUGAAGUGAGUGAGUCUCUGGAUAUCAACAACGAAGUGAAACCUACUGGUGAUGGUUUGCAGUUUGCACGCGGGUUUUUGUGCGCAAUAACGCUGGAAAUUACAUCUGACAGCUCAGGGGGUCGCAUUGGUGGAUCAAUGUAUCUACUCAAGCAUUUUACGCUGGAUUUCUCCUCAAGCUGGUAGCAGGUGGUGGCGGUGGCGGCGACGGAGGAGCUCUUAUAUUGAUGCCUUCCUGUUAAUGAAACUUAAUUACGAAUUGCGUGCUAGGGUUGCCACCCGCCAUGUUAAGAUAAAGACACAGAUCUCUGUGCUGAACAUGCUAAAGCGAUUGGAUAAGAUAAGGUUCAGAGGACAGAAGCGAGAUGAGUUCCUGGACCUUGCCGAAUCCCCCAACGCAUCUGACAGCGAAUGUAACGAUGACAUCCCAGUAAAACACCGGAGCUCCCUCAAAGAUACAGAAGAGCAGCGAGACCCUGCUGGAUCAGGGACGCUUACCAUGUCUGCUGCGCCCAUCCAGGACUACAAGAUGACUGAUGCAGACCCGCUCAGUGAGGUCAAAGGUCACCUGGAGAUAGCCUUACUGGAAAAGCACUUUCUUCAGGAAGAGUUGAGGAAACUGAGAGAAGAGACUAAUGUCGAGACCCUCAAACAGGAACUGGAGAAGGAGAAGUCCAAAAGAGUGGAUCUCGAACAAAAGAUGAAUGACAUUCUCAGAUCCAGGCUAGAAGAUUCACCUCCUCCACCUCCAAAACCACAAGUUGCUUCUCUCAAUGGAACAGGGGACAAGCAGAAGGAGACGUUCCGCUCUCGCGUCUGGAAAUGGCUCUACGAGCGUUUUGGUGUUUAUAUUGAAGAUUUCCGCUUUCAGCCUGAGGAAAACACAGUCGAGACUGAGGAACCACUAAGUGCUAAAAGAUUAACUGAAAAUAUGAGACGACUCAAACGGGGUGCUAAACCUGUCACGAACUUCAUGAGGAACCUUUCUGCCUUAUCCAGCUGGCACUCGGUCUACACGUCAGCCAUCGCCUUUAUUAUCUAUAUGAAUGCUGCGUGGCACGGCUGGGUUCUGCCCAUGUUCCUAUUUUUAGCCAUUCUGCGGCUGUCCUUGAAUUACCUCAUAGCGAAAGGUUGGAGGAUUCAGUGGAGUAUCGUGCCUGAGGUCUCCGAGCCUGUGGAUCCUCCAAAGGAGGAGUUGACUGUCUCCGAGAAGUUUCAGUUGGUGCUGGACGUGGCACAGAAAGCUCAGAAUCUGUUUGGUAAGAUGGCAGACGUGUUGGAGAAGAUCAAAAAUCUCUUCAUGUGGGUUCAGCCUGAAAUCACUCAGAAACUGUAUGUUGGUUUAUGGGUGGCCUUCAUUGCGUCCUGCUUGCUGCCAUACAAACUCUUGGGCUUCAUGAUCGGGAUUUACGCCGGCAUCAAAUUCUUCAUCAUUGACUUCAUGUUCAAGAGCUGCCCGAAACUGAGGGACAAAUACGACACUCCGUACAUCGUGUGGACCACUUUACCCACAGACCCACAGCUGAAAGAGCGCAACAACACCACGCUCAGCAGACGACUCUCUGGCUUUGAAAAGCAGAUGCAGCCGGUGGUGGCACGGAGCGGUCAGUCCACCAGCAUGUCAUGUGGGAUCGGUCGAGAAGAGGAAAGCGGACGGGCCUACAACACCAAAAGAGGCCCUUUUCAUGAAGUCUUCAACCUGUCUGAGAAUGAGCGCCCUCUUCCAGUGUGUGAAAACGGCUGGCGAUGCUGCUUGAUCAACAGAGACCGAAAAAUGCCGACUGAUUACAUCCGCAACGGUGUCCUCUACGUCACGGAAAAUUACCUGUGUUUCGAAAGCUCCAGCUCUCGCGCAACCUCCUCGAAGAAGAAUAAAGUCAUCAAGCUGCAGGACAUCACAGAUAUUCAGAAGUACAAGGUGUUGUCAGUAUUGCCAGGAUCUGGGAUGGGGAUCUCAAUUACCACACCAUCUACUCUAAAGCCUCUAGUGUUUGGUGCCAUGAUUCAUCGGGACGAGGCCUUCGAUGCCAUUCAUUCUCAAUACACCAAGAUCAUGAGUUCCACAGCAGCUCCUACAGUCACAAACCCAGAGACAUAGCCGGAUCUACACAUGAUGUAAGGUAGUUCAUAAGGCAGUCCUAACCCUAAUGUAGCACUAUCCUAGUGGAGACGACUGCUUCCAGAAGUCCUCCAAAAACCCAGAACCAUGGAUCUGAGGAGGAGAAACUGCAAAGAAACUCUUUUUCAUAUUCUCUUUUAGAUUGAGUAUUAGUGUUUUAUAAUAUGUCCUCUCAGACAGCGUACUAUAAUCUUACACAAGUGUUUGUCCAGAUGGGUGUUGUUUUUUUAAGGUUAGGGGUCAGUUAUGCUUCUUACUCUCAUGUCCUGUGUCCUAUUACAGUGAAACGGCCCUUCAGACUGGAGCUGGUUCUCCUUUGAGGGCUUUGUGUGAUUCGUGUAGUCAGACCGUAUAAUCGUCUACGAGCUUACCGCCAUUUUCACUUAAUUGCAUCACCGCUGGCCUUGCACAAAGAAACACUGCACUUAGUGUUGUUGAGAGCUUUUAGAUGUGAUUUAGGGGGAAAAGGAACUUACUUAAAUCCAUAUGCGCAAAAGCAGCUCGCAACUGCCGACCACCGUUCUUCGGGACGCGCCAACUUUCUCUCCAGUAUUUGUGAUACUUGUGUUAUUGACAUCAUGAUAACCUCAUACUUAAAAGGAGUAGUUCACAUAAAGAUCGAACUUUUGCUGUUUACUUUCCCUCAUGUGGUUUUAAACUCAUAUGACUGACAUUUCUGCAUAAAACGCAAAAGGAGAUAUUUAGAACUCAUGUCCAAGCUGCUCUUUUAUGUGUGAUGAACGUCAGUUUUUAAAGAGGUAAUUCACCUGAAAUUUGUAUUUACUCUCCCACAUGUUGCAAAACUGUAGGACUCAUUUUUAUUUAGUUUGUGGAAUGCUAAAUAAACUAUUUUUGUCAAUACUUAGGGUCCAAAACAGCACAUUUUCCGAUAUGAUUUAGAAAAUAUCUAGUUUAUGCAUUCCACAUAUUAAGUCUAACAGGUUUGGAACAACGUGGGGAUUGAAUGUUAAUUUUUGUUUGUUUGAUUGUUUGUUUGUGUUUUUUAAGAGGUUAACAAGCCACUUAAAAAGCUCAUUACUGGUUAAAAACAUCAUCAGGGGGAAUAAAUAAUAAUUAUUUUUAAUUAAAGCACAAAAAUAACCACUGGUCUUAUCCAUUAAAUUAAUGUGCACAAAUAAUAGACUGUUCAAAAUAAACAUAUUAGCUAUUAUUUCUCAGUUCUCAUCAUUGUACUCAUUAAUUAUUGAAGUAUUUAAUGCCUUUUUAAAUGUGUUCGUUUAGUAAUAUUGCUCCUCAAAAAUAAGAUCUGAUCAUUUCAAGGGAUUGUUCACUCAAAAAUGAAAACUUGCUGUUUAUUUCCUCACCCUCAUGCCAUCAAAUAUGCACCGUGGAUGCUUUUUU